GCUCCAACAUGUACUUCCCUUCUUGGUUAAGUCAGCUGUACAGGGGUUUAUCCAGACCCAUUAGAAGGACCACCCAACCCAUAUGGGGUUCUCUCUCCAGAAGUCUGGUGCUGAGUUCACAGAGGAGAAAUCCAGAAUUCAGUAGCUUUGUUGUCCGGACCAACACAUGUGGAGAGCUGCGUUCAUCUCACUUAGGCCAAGAAGUCACCUUGUGUGGAUGGAUUCAGUACCGAAGGCAAAACACAUUCUUGGUCCUAAGAGAUUUCCAUGGGCUUGUUCAAGUUAUCAUUCCCCAGGAUGAGUCGGCAGCCUCUGUGAGGAAGAUUUUAUGUGAAGCCCCUAUGGAAUCUGUGGUGCAAGUGUCUGGUACAGUCAUUUCCCGUCCUGCAGGACAAGAGAAUCCAAAAAUGCCAACAGGUGAGAUUGAAAUCAAAGUUAAAACAGCUGAGCUUCUGAAUGCCUGCAAGAAGCUGCCCUUUGAAAUUAAGGACUUCAUGAAGAAAACAGAGGCUCUUCGGUUGCAGUAUCGCUACUUAGACUUGCGUAGUUUCCAAAUGCAGUAUAACCUGCGACUGAGGUCCCAGAUGGUCAUGAAAAUGCGGGAAUAUCUCUGUAAUCUGCAUGGGUUUGUGGAUAUAGAAACUCCAACACUGUUUAAGAGGACCCCAGGGGGUGCCAAAGAGUUUUUAGUACCAUCCAGGGAACCUGGAAAGUUUUAUUCUCUCCCUCAGAGUCCUCAACAAUUCAAGCAACUUCUGAUGGUUGGCGGUUUAGACAGAUAUUUUCAGGUUGCCCGAUGUUAUCGAGAUGAAGGUUCAAGACCAGACAGACAGCCUGAGUUUACGCAGAUUGACAUAGAGAUGUCUUUUGUAGACCAGACUGGGAUCCAGAGUUUAAUUGAGGGUUUGCUUCAGUAUUCCUGGCCCAAUGACAAAAACCCUGUGGUUGUUCCUUUUCCUUCUAUGACUUUUGCUGAGGCGCUGGCCACCUAUGGAACUGAUAAACCUGAUACUCGCUUUGGAAUGAAGAUUAUAGAUAUCAGUGAUGUGUUUAGAAACACAGAGAUCGGAUUUCUUCAAGAUGCACUUAGUAAGCCCCAUGGAACUGUCAAAGCCAUAUGUAUCCCUGAAGGAGCAAAAUACUUCAAAAGGAAAGACAUUGAAUCCAUUAGAAAAUUUUCAGCUGACCAUUUUGAUCAGGAAAUCUUACCUGUAUUCCUUAACACCAACAGAAACUGGAAUUCUCCAGUUGCUAACUUCAUAAUGGAGUUGAAAAGACAAGAAUUAAUCAGACUAAUGGAGACCCAAGAGGAAGAUGUGGUCCUACUAACGGCUGGAGAGCACAAUAAAGCAUGUUCUUUGUUGGGAAAAUUACGACUGGAAUGUGCUGACCUUCUAGAAACAAGAGGAGUGGUGCUCCGUGACCCCACUCUGUUCUCUUUCCUUUGGGUAGUGGAUUUCCCACUCUUUCUCCCCAAGGAGGAAAAUCCCAGGGAGCUGGAAUCGGCCCACCACCCAUUUACUGCUCCCCACCCCAGUGACAUACACCUCCUUUACACUGAGCCCAAAAAGGUCCGUAGCCAACACUAUGACUUGGUUUUAAAUGGCAAUGAGAUAGGAGGUGGUUCAAUUCGAAUUCACAAUGCAGAGCUACAGCAAUAUAUACUGGCAACCUUACUAAAGGCUAGAGUGCAGUGGCAUAGUCUCGGCUCACUGCAACCUCAGCCUCCUGGGUUCAAGCAAUUCUCCUGCCUCAGCCUCCCAAGUAGCUGGGAUUACAGGUGCGUGCCACCACGCCCAGCUAUUUUGUAUGUUUAGUAGAGACAGGGUUUCACCACGUUGGACAGGCUGGUCUCAAACUCCUGACCUCAAGAGAUCCACCCGCCUCGGCUUCCCAAAGUGCUGGGAUUACAGGCUUGAGCCACCACACCCGGCCAAAAUCUUAACUUUGCCAAGUCAAAGCCUCCAAUCACCAUUUGGGUUUUGUGCGUUUGUUUGUUUGUUUUUAAAAAGAUGAGAGUCUCACUCUGUCGCCCAGGCUAGAGCGCAAUGGCAGGAUCAUAACUCAGUGCAGCCUCAAACUCCUGGGAUCAAGCAAUCCUCCUGCCCAGCCCAGCUUCUAGUCACGUUUUCAGCCUAUCUUUUUCAUUCCUCUGAUUGUGAAACUUUUCAAGAGUCAGUAAGAAUACAUUACUUCUUUCUUUUUUUUGAGACAGUCUCACUCUGUCACCCAGACUGGAGUGCAGUGGUGUGAUCUCAGUUCACUGCAACCUCCACCUCUCGGGUUCAAGUGAUUCUCCUACCUUAGCCUUCUGAGUAGCUGGGACUGCAGGCACACACCACCACACCCAGCUUAUUUUUUUUUUUUUUUUUUGUAUUUUUAGUAGAGACAGGGUUUUGCCAUGUUGGCCAGGCAGGUCUUGAACUCCUGACCUCAGGUGAUCUGCCUGUGUUGGCCUCCCAGGAGUAAGCCACUGCAUGUGGCCUAGAAUACAUUACUUCUGUUGCUUCCCUAAACAGUGGUUCUCUGCCCUGCUACACCUUAAAAUCAAAUCACCUGGAAGGCAUUAAAAAAAAAUACACUGGUGCCUUGGCCACACAUCAGACCAACUGCAUAAAAAGUUAUGAGCAUGAGGCUUUGGCAUCUGUUUGUUUGAGGCUUCCCGCUUGGUCCUGAUUUGUAGCCUGGUUGGAGAAGCAUUUUCAAACUCACUUUCAACAUUUCUACAAGUACUGCCCGACAAGUUACUCACACGGUCACCAAAUCCAGUGGCCUCUUCUUGGCCCAUAAGCUCUCCUUCCUCCCAGCAGCAUUUGACAAGUCGCCCACUUAGUAAUGUUCUCUUCCCUUGGUCUCUGUGACAGGAGAAGUUUUCCUGCUUUUCACCUUCACCUCCUCAUUUGGUCUCACUCUCUUCGCAUUGUGAAUACAGUAAAAGCUGCACUUACUGAACACCAGGCAUUUUUGUACAUGUUAAUAUCAUCUAUGACUUGUUUUUUUCCCUUGCUAGCUUGUAAAUCACUUAAGGUAACUUUUUCUUUACAUUUUUCCAUUAAGUUAUUAUUAUUAGUUAAGUCAGGUUUGGGUGUUUUAAAACUCAACUUUGUUUUCCCUUUAUCAUCUAAGCCUAGAUGGUA